AUGAAUAUUUACGGCUUUAUUAUACUUGUACAUGUAAUGACGACUGAUGUCAACCAUGUUACAGCAGCCACAAUCAGCAAUGCUGCUGGAAUUAAAAUAUUGACCAACUAUUUAAAUAAUUUUAAACAUGCGGUAGCUGCGUUAGAUAAAAAUGUAUAUCCUGGUAUAACAAUGAGUUAUCUCAUUGAAACAGAUAAGAAUUCAACUUACAUAAUUGGCUUGGAUUCAAAUAGCGUAAAUCCACCUGGCAGAAUAGCUUACCUUGCUGAUGUUGAAACUGCAGUAGAUCAAGACAAAGUAUACCAGGGCAAAACUACUCUUGCUAAUGGAGUUACUCGAUUUACCAUUGCCGUUCCAAUUGUACAACAAAACAAAAGACGAGCAAUCUUUUCGUCAUCAUUACAAGUGCCGGCCAACGUGAAUGUACUGCAAGCCACAAUGUUGGCAUGCGGCAAAACAAUGCGCUUUGUUUAUAGAUUUUACACACUAUUAAAGAACACCACUGGGAAUAGUCUCACUUUUUAUGUCUACUCGUCCGAAACAGGGGCAUAUGUACGUGCACUGACAACCAUACCGGAUACAAAAGGAACUUUAGCUGUAGGAACAACAUUAACAAACUUAAAUGUAUUGAAUGUCAUAAACAAAAACAAAACAUUUACAGGAACAGUGAAACUAUAUGGUCGAUCAUAUCAAGCUAUGUAUAAGCCAACGAAAUAUUACGGUCAAAGGAUCGUGGUUGCUAGUUUACAGAAAAUUUAA